AUGAUUCUCUAUAAGGCCAAAGACGUGCCAAUGUGCAAGGUGUUUGAAAUGACCUUGCGAGGAGCAGCCCAAGACUGGUUCCACACCCUGCCAUCCGGGUCGAUCUACAGUUUCAAGGAGCUAGCUUAUGUCUUCACUAAGGAGUACACUUCUUAUCGAGCAAUCAAAAAGAACCCUGGCCACCUAUUCAACCUGUAUAAGAAGUCCGAUGAAUCCCUCCGAGAUUAUAUCAAGAGAUUCAAAGCAAAAAAGGCGAACAUUGUAGGAUGCGAUGACCAAAUCACAUCCUCUGCAUUAGAAUACUCAUACCCUAAUAGAUUAUGUAGGAUUCAAGACGAAGUUUGA